AUGAACCCAAUUAGACCAAAUGCACCAUCUGUUGCUGGGGCGUAUUCCAAAACCUGGUCCUACAGAGAGGAUGCUCUGCUGGCUGUGUACAAGAGGCUUUCGGAGGUAUCACCCACCACCGCCAAGGAAGAGCUGAGAAAUAUGAUAAGAGCUGCAGUCUUCCUGGUUAAGAAGGCCCUCCUGGAUAAAGUAUCAUCGGUUUUCCAGGCCUCCUUGAAGCUGCUGCGGCUAAUGCUGAGCCAGCUGAUCCCAUGUCUGGGGUUGGGCCGGACUGAGGUCACCCACUGCUUGGAGCAGACCUGGCCCAACCUGCUUGCCAGGACUGGAGACUCAGUCAGCCGCGUCCGGGCCACAGUCACUGCCUUCAUACAGGAAAUUGCUGUUUUGAAGGAUGUACGGGCCCUGCAGUUAAUCCCUGGUGAGAUAGUGAAACCCUUCAAAUCCAACUUCCCCUCUCGUCUGGCUCAGAGUCGGGCCGAGCUGCUCGAGAAGCUACUUGCUGAACUGGGUACAGAGAACUCUGGCUUCACCCUGGACAAUGUUAUGAUGUUCUGUACAGCGGCAUUGGAGCACAGUGCAUCAACGGUUCGAGAGCUGGCAGUGCGUAUCAUCUUAUCCAUGUACCAGCAGCACGGAAGUGCUGCUCUCAGCUACCUUCCACCCAACGAUGCUGCUGUACGGAAGAACUUCCUCUACAAAACCCUCUUUGGUGGCUUUGCCAAGAUUGACGGAAAGUUGGUAGAGACUCAGACUUGGAAGAAAGGAAGUGGUCAGCAGGAGGGGCAAAAGGAGAAGGAGGAGAUACACUCUCUUCAAGAGCAGCUGGCUGCCUUGAAAGAGAUCACAGAGAGAGGCAAUGAGAGCACUAAAGGACAAAUGGCCAAGAAGGAAGUUCCUAAAGCUGAGAAAGAGUCCCAAAAACCUGGAAAAGCAACUGUCACAAAAGUGCCCCAGGACAAGAUAACAGACAGAGUAGAUGUCCAAAAAUCUAUCAACUAUCUGGACAACUUGUGUAUAUUCUGUGGUAAAAAGGAUGAGACAUUCACAGAAGAUGGAUUGGACCUUCACUACUGGAAACAUUGUCCAAUGCUGCGACGCUGCGAUGAAUGUAGACAGGUAGUCGAGAUAGCCAGCCUCACAGAGCACCUACUGGGUGAAUGUGAAAACAGGCCCAAGUUCAGCCAGUGCCCGCGCUGCUUAGAGGCCGUGGCCACUGAAGAUCUGACUCGCCAUGUCCAGGGUCCCGCCUGCAAACCCCCCAUCUCCGGCAAAGGCUCCAGCCACUGUCCUUUGUGUCACCAUAACUUCAUGCCGGGAGAGGAGGCUUGGAAGGCUCACCUUAUGGGCAGGGAGGGCUGUAAACAAAACUCACGCAGGACUGCGGUGUCCCAGAGAACCCAGCCAGCACAAGGCAGGGCUAUCGGUGGAGCUAAGCUGAAGCAGGCCUGGUCGGUUGGGGCCAGAAAUAGGCCUCUUGGCAGAGGCAGCCGGAUCCCAGCCCUGGCACCCCUGGCCAGAGGACAUACGCCUGGGAAGCGUUGAAGCUGGUUCAAAGCACCUUGGGGACGUCCCUGCAACCAGCAUCCCAGCAACAAACAUCCCUCUAGUAACCCUAACCCAAUUCCACAUUUCCUCCUCCCAUGUUCCAUCAUAUAAGCACUUUUAGAAAAGACGCAUGAUAGGUUUCAGAUGUUUUCACUCACAUAUGCAAUAGGAUUUUAAAGGCCAAUACCCAUUUUUUUUUGAAGCUACCACUAUGCUGCAUCUUUUUAACAUUACCAAAAAGGGAAUACACCUGUCUUAUUAGCUUAUGUGCAAACGGUAUUAUAACUUGGUAUUGUAUUCACUUAUUUAGACACUGUAGAUUUACCACAAUCUAAUUAAAUUGUAGUCCUGGUACGGUCAGUGACAGAAAAUCCACAGAAAAGAGACGGCUGGACUCACCGCUGCCAGAACUCUUGCCUCAUUUGUCUAUAUGUCAAGCCACUGGUGUCACGCACCUGCUGGGCUACUAAACAUAAGCAUUGUGUGCUCUGUUUACUGAUAUCUCCUUACAGAAUGUCAGUGUUUUGAGGCUCUUACUUCUCAUAUCACUCACUGCAGUAAGGAAAUGUAGAGCUUAAAGGGGCUGUCCAUUAAUUUAGUACUGGGUGACUCACUGGAGACAAAUUAAAAAAAAAAAGAAGAGUGGUCAAAAUUAAAGAGGCAGUCACAGAGAUAUCCUGACUCCAUUCGAUGGGUUAAUGUCCAAAAACUCUGGAUCCUACAUUUCACAUAAUGCAACAAGUAGCAUCCUCUUAUUAGACCCUGUCUGUCUGGUAGAUAUGCACGUCUUACGAACUCCACACCCUCAUUUUGCAAUGCAGCCUCCCUGUUAUAAAUGCGUUGUCUCAGAGCCCAGGCUGAGAUAACCUCGAUGACAUCACCAUGGUAUCAUCAGAGUUCUUUUCUCAGACUUGAGACUUGACAAGACCUUAUGUUUUCACAGGCUAGUAAAGUAACCUUUUUUGUGUAAGAUUUUUGAAGUUUCCCGUUUAUAGCUUUACAAGCCGUUUAAUUGUGCUUUUAACGUGAACAUUUUAUGGCAAAAUGGUAAAAACAGGUGCUUUUUCAUCAAAAGUGGUCUCUCAGCACGCUGGUCCAUGCAGCAUAUAGACCCCCCCAAAUUCUCCAGUAAAAUCCAGGAUGUAAAUAAAACUAAAAUAUAUUCAUGAUCACUAUGUAGAAUCUCUGUCAAAAUGAAUUUGGUUGAGAGCUUCCCAUAGACAACCAGUGCAUUAUCAGUCAGUUCCUCAAUAAAUAUAUAAUCAAUCACUGAGGUUUAGUUACAAGCACAAGACCAGGACACUGACUGAUACCUAGAAACACUACUCUCCUGGUAGAAGCCGUAAUGAGAGGAGAGGAGGAAGGAGGUUGAGGUUUAGUUACGCGCAGAAGACUUUCCUCCCUCUGCGACAUUCCAGCAGACGAUACUUCAUUCCUAAAGCCAUCAGCGACCUGAGUGUAGCUUUACUGUCAGCGUCACACUUUGCCACCUGUUUACAGUUUUCUUUUCAUUUCUCGUCUUAAAUGAAUUAAAGUAGCACUUUGCCAAAGGGGUGAGUCUUCCCUGCUGAAUUUGUAGUACAGUAUAGACUUAAUUUAUUCUUCCUUUUAAUGCCUACUGACAAUCUUGAGUAGAUGGCAUAGUUUUAUAUGCUGUACUAGUCUACUGAGAGAGACAAAGGAGACGUUUUAACUUAACAGAAUUAUUAGAAGACCAAAAAAAGAACAGGAUGGAGAUGAAUGUACUCCCUAUAGCAGAAUUUGUGUAGUACCUAGUUUUUCCUGACGUCUACUUGAUUUUUGAUGGAUAUGACAAUGGCUGACCCCAGCAGUUUCAAGCGCUUCAGAGGCUUUAAACUGAUGUUAACCACAAUCUCAAGCUUAAGAACGAAGACAGUUGUUUGCAACAGUUAUGUUUUCUUAUCUCUAACUUUACUGUUGUACGACACAGUAUUAUGACGACCCUGAUUGUUACAUAUCUGUGAUUCAUCUACAGCCAAGAAAGAAGGUCCAUCUGCGCAUCUCUUAAUUUACAGAGACAUCCCUGGAACAGUUUGAGUUGCUCUCGGAUUUUUUAAUAUACAAUUUGUAAUAUUAGUAUGGCAAACUUUUUAUUAAUGUGUGUCAAAGCA